AUGGCGAUGGGUCCUGGUACCGCGGCGAAUCGCGCUGCCAACAUCUGGACUGCAAGGAUUAUACCGAUCCUUCUGCUCGCUAUCAUCGGAUACGCCUCAUAUGCUGUCACCAAGGAGGAAUGUAUCGACUACCUUCUCAGACCGAGUGCUUCGUCCGGCCUGCAACCUCGAACGGGGACAGCCAUUGCGAUUCUUACGAUCUUCUACAUUCUGCUCUGUCUCCUGCUCGUAAGCUACGCGCGGUUGGUCUCAACUAUCCUCCUGAAUCCUGGAGUUGUCCCACGGGGCCCGCAGUGGUACGUCGAGCGAAAUCAAAGGCGAAAGGCGGAAAAGCGGGAAUCAGAAAAGACAGUUGAAGAGGAUACAGACUCUGGGCAGGGCGUUUCGGCCAAAGGCACGCUGCCUGACGCGGAGAGCUACCGCGUACAAGACUUCUGGCUGAAGGAUGUCUUCGUCGACCGUGUCCAUCACUGCAGCGAGCUGAACCGCUGCGUGUACAAGAUGGACCAUUUCUGUCCGUGGGUCGGCGGCGUGGUUUCCGAGACGUCAUUCAAGUUCUUCAUUCAGUUCACCUUUUGGACUGGAGUCUUCUGUUUCUUCAAUGUUGUGCACAUAUCUUACUUCUUGCGGCAACGACAGCGACAUUUCUCGGACGUGAAUGUGCAUUGGAUAUUGGCCCUUGCGCUUUCGGCAUUAUUCUUACUCUUUGGCAUGGGCAUGUGCGGCUCAAGUUUGGAGUUCGCGUUCCGGAACACUACGACUAUUGAUAAUUAUGAUCGACGAAGUCACGUCUACUACAUUGCAGUUCAUGUACCUUAUACGACCUUUGAGCGCCUGACACAGGCGCAGCGGGACUCAAUACGCUGGAUCACUUAUCCUCGUCCGCCUUCGGAACAGCUCCAUUUGCUCGAAGACAAUGGGGCGAACUACCCACAACCUGGCUCUGAAAUGCCGACUCAGCAGCCACAGGAUCUCAAUGGUGCACAGCAAACUUCUGCAGCGCCCACUCACACCCAACCUCAACGCACAUUUGCCAUCCUUGAGGCCGAGCCAGGGGCCAAUCCUUACGACCUGGGCCUUUUCAACAACUUCAAAACAGUAAUGGGGAAUUCUGUCCUAGAAUGGCUCUCGCCCAUCCACCACUCGCCAUGUACGCAGCAGCGUCCACGUUCGCCCCAAAGCUCGUACAAAAUGGGGCCUUUGGUCUACAAGUUGAAGAAGCGUGCCGGUAUUGCCGAGGGGGGCGACAGACAACGCUAUGGAGGUAGCAAGGGCAGGCGGAAGCGGAGAAGGAAGCCGGCGUCACCUACGGAAACGGCUCGUCAUGAAGAAUGGCAUGGUCGAAGGGAGAGCCGAUCGACCGGGGAAAGCACGAGCCAGGCCAGUGGGUGA